GGCCCGAGCGCGCCCCGCCGCUGACCGUCCGCCCGCCGCCCGCGCCCCGGCCCCGGGAAGGACUCGGCCACCCUCGCGCGUGAGCUCAGACCCUCCGAGGAGCCGCUGAGGACUCGAAGCCAUCGUCAUGGAGUUUGUGAUGAAGCAGGCCCUGGGAGGGGCCACCAAGGACAUGGGGAAGAUGCUGGGGGGUGAUGAGGAGAAGGACCCCGAUGCCGCCAAGAAGGAGGAGGAGCGCCAGGAGGCCCUGCGGCAGGAGGAGGAGGAGCGCAAGGCCAAGUACGCCAAGAUGGAGGCGGAGCGUGAGGCCAUGCGGCAGGGCAUCCGGGACAAGUACGGCAUCAAGAAGAAGGAGGAGCGCGAGGCCGAGGCCCAGGCCGCCAUGGAGGCCAACUCCGAGGGCAGCCUGACGCGGCCCAAGAAGGCCAUCCCGCCCGGCUGCGGCGACGAGCCCGAGGCGGAGGACGAGAGCAUCCUGGACACGGUCAUCAAGUACCUGCCGGGGCCGCUGCAGGACAUGUUCAAGAAGUAACUCCCGCCGCGCCCGAGCCCCGCCCCGCCCUCACCCGCCCCUGCCCGAGACCCGCGGGGGCCCGGAGGGAGGUCGGGAGCGGAGUGCAGCAGCCCCAGUGCGAUAUAAGCCAUAGUCCCCGUCCCUGCGCCCCACGCCCCUCACGCGGGAGCCUCCGCCCGCCCCUACCCCUCCGCGCACCGCCGCGUGGGAUCGGCGCCCACCCCCAGGGCCCCUGCGGCCUGUGCCGGAGACCUGGGUCCAGCCCCCUGCGCUCCCGCGGAGCUGGAGGGUUGGACCUCCCCGCCCGGCAAGCCUGGAGCCCCCUUAUUGCCCCCGCCCUUCACCGCCCACCCAGCAGCGUCUGAGGCCGGGCCACCGGCCGCCCCUCAGCGCUCCAUGCGCGCUUGUCCGGCCCCAAACUCAGGAGCACAGCCAUAGUGGGGGGAGGGGGCGUCGUGCGGGCUGGCAGCGGCGGGAAGGGCAGCGGCAGGUCCCUGGGCCCCGGCCUCCGGGCAGGGGCGGUAAGCCCCUCCCGGUCCGGGUCAGCCUGGACCCCCCAAGCCCCUCCUCCCACACUGACGCCUGUCUGCUGGCUGCCCACCCCUCUCCGUCUGAAUCCAUCGCGUUCAUCGUCCGUCUGUCUGUCCUUCCGUCCUUCCCUCCCCCUUGGCUCGCUCCUCCGGAAGGCUCUGCUUCUUCGGAAUGCCACGGCCCUUUUCUAAGCUAAGGGAAACAAAGCAAUACGAAUGGGGGGAAGCCCCCCCACCCCCAGAGUGGUACACACCCUACUAAGUCAGCUCCCCUCUGUCGGGCCAGCCGGCCGGCCAGCCAGCCUCCCCCUCCCAGGGCGGCACCCUCCCCUCCGAGGCUGCUCUGGGCCAGGCCCAGCUCUCCACCUCUAACACCCACCCCCUCAGCGGUGCAGGGGAGGGCGAGCCCGGCUGCUGCCCCCAGCGCUGGGCAGCCGAGGCGGGUGUCCCUGGCCCUCCCUUCUGCAGGAUGCUGCGGCCUCGCGGGGGCCCGCCGGGUGUCCUCUCUCACGGGACCCGCCCGGCCCCCCCCAAGCCCUGCUUUGCCCCCCGUCCUUGGCUAACUCGCGUCACGACGUGUUGAAUCUCAGGUAAAGGUCUAAUGUAUUUGGGGAGUUUAUCUGGACAGAAAGCCGGUGGCCUGGCCCCGGGCCACGUACAUCCACGUGGGAAGUUCAAGUGCGGGAGCUGCGGCCGGGGUGCCCCCCACAUCGCUGUUAGAAAAGCCAUAGCAACCAGACUGCAAUACCAAUGGCGGGGCCCCGCGCGCCCGCUCCCCCUGCUCCCCGUCUCCUCAAGGCCCGCGUCCGCACUUCCGGAGGCCGGCUCUGCGCGGCCAGGGCGUCGUCUGGCAGGAACCCCGCAUCCCCACCCCAGUGCUUGGGGCGCCAGGGCAGCCUAGCUUAGCGCAGACCUUGGAUGUUGUCCGUCUGUCUGUCCUCGCGCCUGCGCCUCCUCCUGCAUGUCGGGGGCGCCGCGUGUGUUCUCUCCGGAUGGAAUCACAGCCAAUAAACAAUCCCGUGAUUUCA